GCGGGGUGGCUGGGGAGCCGGCGGCCGGCCGGCCGGGCGCGCUCGGGCCGGCCCGGAGGCGGGGGGCCGGUGGGCUGCUCUCGGCCCGGUGCUCGCUGGCGCCCGGCUCCCGGCUGCGCCCGGCUCCGCGAUCCCGCGCCGACUGCGGCGGCCGCCCUCCGCUCGGCGGCGGGGCUUUCAGACACAAUUUGAAGUUGAUGCUUUGAUUGGCAUCCCCUCGAGCGCUGGCCCCGCCCCCGGCUCCCCUCCCGCCCCCUCCCUGCCUCCCGCCCGCCCCAGCCGGGCCGCUCCCGCCCCUCCCGGCGAGCACGUGGUGUGCUCCGCGCCGUCCGGGCCACCUCCGCCCGCUGUGGGCGCGCGAGCGGCCCGGCGGCGGGUGCGGGCCCGGCGGCCGCGGGCUGCCCGACAACCUGUCGACACCGGCUCGCAGCUGUCGGACCCUGGGCUCUGCUGUUUUCCAAGCCGAGCCGUGACUGCUCUUUCAGGAAGACGUCUCGGCGCCUGAUUCUCCGCCGUUGGGGCGGCGGGGCCGGGGCUGGGCGGGUGACAGCCGGUGGGGGGGGUGGUAGGGGGGGUGGAGGGGGACGGCCCUCUCCUCCCCACCCCCGCCCCCAAGGCCGGCGCUGCCUUGGCCUCCCCCGGACCCCUGGGCAGAAGUGCACCCCGGUGCCCUGGCUGCGCCACCGAGCCUGGCGUGGCGUGACACCGUGACGCGGGCGUGGCGUCCGCGUGGCCCCCGCCCGGCAGUGACCGGCCUCGCUGCACCUGGAGAAGCGGGAAGCGGCCGAGCUCUGCGGGCUUCUCCGUUCGUGAAAACUUUGAGAAAGGGCAGCUGAGAAGCCAGUUCAAGGGGACAAACAGAUGCCGUCCACAGUGACAGGUGCGCACAGGCGGGAAGCUAACUUGCGCGAAGAGCGCCGGCCCGAGGCGGCGGCGCCGCGAGCCCGGGGACAGGCCGUCCCUCCUCCCCUGCCCGGCCUCUUCAUCCUCGGCCCCGCGGGAAGAACAAGCAGCGAACCGCUGCGGGAUGGCUCCAGGUCCGCGCGCGGCCCUCCUGGCCUCCCGGUGCACGGGACGGGUCCGCCAGCCCGCGUCUGCCACACGCUCGCCGGCUCCGUCCUGGCGUCCCGCGUAGGGAGUUGCCCAGGGUGCUCGCCCCCGUUCCCGGGACAUUUUUCGUCCUGUCUCCUACGAAGCAGCCGGAGCCUGGCGCGCACUCCCCGCUGUGGCGCACGGACACACUGGACCCCCACAGCAAUUUCACCCCAACACUUGGGGCCCACCACUUCCGCCUGCCAGACCUCUCUCCCCUGCAUCCCAAACAAACGGAUGGGCCAGCCCCACUACUGUCUUGUUUGGCAAACUCCAGUGUCACAUUUCAGGCCCACAGGUAAAUACAGGACCCAGGAAGCCACCCCGCUCGGCGACGGCGAGGCGAGUGGCAAGCCGUCCCGGCAGCGGCCGAGAAGCGCCCAGGACCGCGGGGGCCGUAACCGGGUGCCCUUGGGCGCCAGGCGGGGACCGGAGCGGGGCGGCUGCGGCGAUCCCCGUGCCCUGGGGGCCUGGCCUGCUCUCUGCUGCCGCGUCAGGGCCAGGCCCGCGCCGGGUCAAGAGCGGCACCUGUGAGCGCCCCGAAAGCGAGGGCCUGGGGACCUCACUGCGGAUGCGCUGCGGUGGGACCAGAGCCGGGCGGCGGGAGGCGACUCCGAGAGACUCCAGGAAAACCCGGGAAAGAAAACACCCGGGAGGCGCCCCGGGAUGGUCUGAGGCUCACAGCAGUGCCCGCAGAGCUGGUGCCAGGAUGCAGCCGGGGCUCGGGUCCGGACUGUGGCGGCGGGAGACCAGCGGCCCAGCGCGCGGA